AGAGAGAAGUCAGUGCCCAAUAAGCAAGCUUAAGGAGGCCUAUUUGCUUGGUGAUGCCCAGCUGAUAAGACAGGCAAACCUCCCUGUGAUUGAAGAAGCCAAUUUGAAACUCAGCCUAGUUCAGGCAGCCUUCAGACUGGCACCUGCUGCUCCCGGCGACUUUCAACAUGAUGGUGUUUGCAUUUUGGAAGGUCUUGCUGAUCUUAAACUGCCUUGCAGGUCAGGUCAAUAUGGUGCAAGUGACCAUCCCAGACGCUUUUGUGAAUGUGACUGUUGGAUCUAAUGUUACUCUUCUCUGCCAGUAUACCACCACUGUGACAUCCCUGGAAAAGCUUUCAAUCCAAUGGUCUUUCUUCCACAAUAAGGAAAUGGAGCCAAUAUCUCCUGGCUCGCACCCCAAAACUGAGUGUAUGGAGGAAAAGGCAGUCAGUCAGUGUCUAAAAAUGAUGCAUUCAAGAGACGCUCGGGGAAGAUGUAGCUGGACCUCUCAGAUCUACUACUCUGAAGGUGGACAGGCUUCAGCUAUUGGGCAAUUCAAGGAUCGAAUAAUAGGGACUACUAAUCCUGGUAAUGCAUCUAUCACCAUAUUGCAUAUGCAGCCAGCAGACAGUGGAAUUUACAUCUGUGAUGUCAACAAUCCUCCAGAUUUUUUUGGAAAAAACCAAGGCAUCCUUGACGUCGCUGUCUUAGUCAAACCUUCCAAGCCCCUUUGUUCCAUCCAAGGAAGACCAGAAGCAGGCCACCCUAUUUCCUUGUCUUGCCUUUCUGCCUUUGGAACACCAUCUCCUGUGUAUUACUGGUAUAAGAUUGAGGGGAACACCAUUGUGCCAGUAAAAGAAAGCUUCAACUCAGCCACUGGAGUUUCUAUUGGAAAUCUAACAAAUUUUGAAAAAGGUUAUUACCAGUGCACUGCCAUCAACAGUCUUGGCAAUAGUUCCUGUGAAAUUGAUUUAACCUCUUCACAUCCAGAAGUCGGAGUCAUCAUUGGAGCCUUGAUCGGUGCCCUGACUGGAGCUGCUGUCAUCAUCUGUGUCGUGUACUUUGCCAGGAACAAAAUUAAAUCCAAGCAAAGGAAUUUAAAUUCCAGCACAGAGCUUGAGCCAAUGACAAAGGUAGACCAUUCCCGACAAAAUGAGGCUGUUCCAGCCGGUGGCAUCCAGCUAGAAGGAACUCUGCCACCUUCCAUCCAUGCCAGCCACGACACUGAACCUACCACUGCAGUCUUGGAGCCAGAAUAUGAGCCUAAUUCCCCGCUGGAAACUGCCACACAGCCUGACCCUGAACCAGAGGGUUCAGGGCCGAUGCCAGUGCCUGAGACGGAGAUUCAACUGCAGCCAGAGCUGGAGCUGGAACCGGAGACAGAGACUGAGCCUGAGCCUGAGCCUGAGCCUGAGCCUCAGCCUGAGCUUGAGUCAGAGCUUGGGCCCGACCCCCAGUCUGGAGUAAUAGUUGAGCCUAUGCGUGAGGAGGAAAAGGAAACAGUUAAGGCAUAAACAGUAAGGCACGGCAUUGAAGUAUGGCAGUUCCCAGUAAAGAACCCAUUCCUGGCUUUUAAAAUUCGAUAGACUUAACCAGCCCCCAGUUUGUCCGACCAUCAUGGACAAUGUUCAUCUAACAACAUGCUUAUUCCAACCAUUAAUCCAAAAUAAAGAAAUCAAGGUUACUAGUAAAGAGAUGCCAUGUUUUUUGCCUUUUUAGUAUAGGUUACUUAAAACUGUACUAAUAUGUAUUAUAACAAACGACAAGGCUGAGACCAAUGGUUCAUUUCUGAUUUACUUGGAAGAGUAUUUGCAAAAGUAUUUUCUGUAUUUUAUAGUCAUUUUUUGUAAUGGAUCAUAAGAUAGGGCUAAUUUGAUUGAAUAUUAAUUUUAAGAUUGGUCAUCUUCCCUGUUCAUUUUCAUUUGUAUUUACCACUUAGAAAAAAUGUUAGCACCAUUGGCCCAUAAAUUAGAAAAAAUCAUUUCCCCAAAAUAUGAAAGUAUGUAUCAAUUGGUACAUACAAUUUAAAACUAAGUCUUAAAAUUUGUCAUAUUAGAUCUUUAACAAGUCACUUCAGUGUCCAACAUUUGAGCAUAGCAUUUUUAUAACUUAUUUUUCACUACAAAAUGGUGCACAAGCAAACCAUUUAGAAUACACUUUUUCUUUGGUGAGCAUAAAGUAUUGGUGUUGGAAGCAAAUUAGAAUAUAGCUUUGAAUAAACUAUUCUGUUAUUAUUGUUGGAUGCUAUCUGUUAUGGCAGAAGACUGGGAUGGUUUUCCAGAUGAAAACUUAGGUCUACUUUAGAUAAUCUAAACUGACAAUUUAAAUACUCUGUGCUACUGUGUCUAUAGUCCAUGUUGAUGGGAAUAUCACUCUUAUAUAAAUGAUAAGCAGUAGGUGAAUACAUUGAUAAAAUGCUUUCUUCACUUUAAAAAGGCUUGUUCAUGGUCAUUUUUCACUGAUGUACCACUCUGAAGAAAGUUACAUAUAGAUUUGCUUUUUUAGCUUGUGUAAUCAAUCGUAUUUGCAAUAUAAUUUUAAAGUUCAAUAAAUAUGCCUCAAUAAAA